CACGCAGCUGAGGCGGUGGAGGCGGUGGCGGCCAUUUUGGAGCAGGGCGCGGGGCCGGACGCAGUGGAGGGAGCGCAGAGCCCCCCCCUCCCCGCCAUGGCAGCCCCGCUCGGUACCGGCGCCUUCACGGAGGAGACCGGGCAGGAAAAACAGGACUGUCAGGAGAAGGACAAAGGGAUUUCCCCCGAGAGGGCAGAGGAGGCCAAGCUCAAGGCCAAAUAUCCCAACCUGGGCCAGAAACCCGGGGGCUCUGAUUUCCUCAUGAAGAGGCUGCAGAAAGGGCAAAAAUAUUUCGAUUCUGGCGACUACAACAUGGCCAAGGCCAAGAUGAAGAACAAGCAGCUGCCCAGUGCAGGGCCUGACAAGAACCUGGUGACCGGAGACCACAUCCCCACGCCCCAGGACCUGCCCCAGAGGAAAUCCUCCCUGGUCACCAGCAAGCUGGCAGGGUAGCUGCACUCCCAGCUGGGGGCUGCCCUCUUUCUGUCUCUUUUUUUUUUUUUUUUUUGGCUAAAUGGAUUGAACUUCACCGUACCAUAGGGAUGGGAGCAGCAGAAUCCACGUAGUUUGUUUGAGUCUUUGCGGCAAACACACCCCAAAGGUGACUUGUGGGGGCAGGGUUGGGCUGGCCCUUCCUCCCAGAGAGGCUUUGCCUUAAUUUUUGCUGCUGUUUGGAACCAUCCCGGCUCUCAGAGGCACUGGAGCUGUGCCCCCUUCCUGGCUGGGAC